UACCCUUUAUUUAUUUUUAAUAUUUUUAUUUACAUUAAAAUCAAUGUGAAUGUAACAAAAAACUCUCAUAAAUAAAAUGGUAUCGUAUUGUUGCGUAGAGGGAUGUGGUAACAAUAGCAACAACAAAAAGAAAGACCCGAAUACUUUAUUAUCGUUUCACGCUUUUCCUUCUAAUCCGGAGUUAAAAGCAAAAUGGUUGAGAGCUAUAGGUCGUCCAAACUGGGUGCCUCCGAAUUAUUCGCGCGUCUGCAGCGCUCAUUUUAAUUUGACUCAUAUUAACUACGACGGAAGUCGCAUUAGAAUCAAAGAUGAUGCUUUUCCUGUUAACCUGCUUCCUCGAAACUCCAACUUUGAAGCUUCUGAUGUGGAAGUCUGCAGGAUCUGCUUGGUUACUGAUGUCAAACUGUACACCAUACGAGGGUCUCACCUAGAGACAUGCAUUGAUUCUAUUGUGGGAUUCAGUGACUAUAACAUUGAAGGCCUGCCAAACUAUGUGUGUUAUCAAUGUGCACCAUGCCUCAUAAAAGCCUACAAACUUGUGGAGAAGAGUAUGGUUGCUCAGGCGACACUGCUUGAUAUAUUUAACAGAAAUGGAAAGAUAAACAAGGAUCUUAUAAAAGAACAGAAUAGAAGAGAACUAAAGUUAAAAUGCCCCUUAAAUACUUAUAAAUUAACUACUGAUCACCAUUUAAAAUAUGAAGAUGACAACACAGCGCAAUCAAGUCAUGUAAAUUCAAAUAACAAUGAAAAUAUUGAUAAUAUAUUUGUAAAAAAAGAAUCUCAUUUGAUAAAUACACAAAUAAAAGAUAUAAAAAAUGAUAUGGAUAUAGAAGCAAAGAAAUUUGUAAUGGAUGAUGAUGUUAGUGAAUUAAAUGAUGAUCAGUUUAGAGGGGAUGAUGAAGAAAUGAUCAUAAAUAGUGUUGAAAUCAAAGAUGAAGAUCCUAAUGAUGAGAUAAGCUUAAAAGCUUUGAAGGAGAAAAAAUUAAACAACCCGAAUCACUUUAAAAAAAAGACACCCAGAAAGAAAAUCAACGGUUUGACGCCUGAUGAAACAGACAUGUUAAAAUACUUCGAUAUCGUCACGCUAUCUUUACAAGAACAAAUAAAGGAAUGGCAGAAGAGUACAAAACGGCGUAUAACAAGUGAGACUGUUUACAAAUGUGACAUUUGUUUCAAGUCAUUUGCUAACGCCAACUCUCACCGCAUUCAUAUUGCCAGUCAUGAUCCUAGUCAAGGUUCUGCUGAAUGCCCAGUAUGUAAGCUUCGUUUCAAAAACAUAGUGGUUGCCAAAUCUCAUGCGAAACGAGCUCACGGCAAGAAAUUCUACUGCAAAUCUUGUCCUAAGACAUUCAAUAAUGUUGGUGUUGCCAAGAAGCACCAGCGCUGGCACUCAGGCUACGUGUACCGCUGUCCGUGUUGCCCCUUCACCUCACUGCACGAGUCUUCACUAGGCGUGCAUCGGCGACGAGCUCACGCCGGCCGUGUCAGGGGAAUCAAAACUAAUACUUGUACAACACAGACCAUUGCAGAGGAAAUAGAUAGAUCAAAGGAAUACCGAUGUGAAGAAUGCGAUAUUGUUUUCGUAUCGGAGGCUGCUAAAAGACUGCACACCCUCACUUCUAGUCAACAUAGAAUAAAGACCGAAUCAUGUUCUCAAUUAACCUCAGAUACAACUGUAAGCAUGUCUUGCAACGGCUGUGGCAAAGACUUCUCCUCAUUAAGAGAUCUGGUAACACAUACUAGGGCGGAGCAUCCUCGCCUCAAGCGCCACAGGAACGACAUCUAUCCGACACAGUGCGAACUUUGUGGUGAAGCAGUGAGCAGUCGUAAGAAGCACUGGCAGCAUAUGCGUCGUCAGCAUCCCAAAGAGCUAUACACGUACCGACCCGUCAUAUCCGCUGUGUGUGAUACUUGUGGGAAAGGUUUUCAGAACUCGACAAAGCUCCGCCUACACCAGCUCCGUCACGUGAGCCCGACGCUCCAGUGCGCGUGUUGCCCUCGACUGUUCUACGAUAAGUAUGCGCUGGCUCGCCACGCUGCUACGCACUGUAACGACAAGCCGUACUCGUGUAGCAUCUGCGGACGAGCGUUCAAACUGCGUAGCAACUUGGACAGGCAUUCUAGAGUACAUACUGAUAUCGCCCCCUACGAAUGCACGAUGUGCGGCAAAAAGUUUAAAUAUUCAUCAAGUGUAAACUUGCAUGUCCGCACGGUACACUACAAGCUGCCGCAUCCGCCGAGGAAGAAACGAAGCAAAAUUAUUAAAAACACUGAUAUGUAAAUUGUUCAUCAAAUAAUAAAUUAAUCGUGAAAAACU